AUGGACAAGGAUGCAAUCUAUAAAAAUGUGCAAAAAUAUUACAACAGCUUAGCUGCCAAAAGACCUGAUGGCGAAUACAAUAGAAAAAUUGCAGAGGCAUUUGGGUAUAAUAAGGUAGUGCUUGAGAACGUUCCAAAGGGUGCAAACUUGGGGUUGUGCUCUGGAAACCCGGUAGCUCUGGCAGACCUGAAGCAUGGAGAGACAGUAGUGGAUUUCGGAAGUGGUGCCGGGAUGGAUAUAUUCCUCGCAGCUGAAAAGGUUGGCAGCACUGGGAGAGCCAUUGGGAUCGACAUAAAUCAGCUUAUGCUUGAUCGAGCAAACAAAAAUAAAGACACUGCCCAAACAGAAAACGUCUCCUUCGUUAAGUCCCUUAUUACCAACGUCAACCUACCCGAUGGUAUUGCCAACUGCAUCAUUAGCAAUUGCGUCGUGAACCUAGUUCCAGCCGUGGAAAAGCAACUUGUAUUCAAUGAGAUGUUUCGACUCCUUAAACCUGGUGGCCGCGUAGCCAUGAGCGAUAUCCUUGCAAAAACCUUGCUACCGCCAGAUAUAAGAACUAGCAUGGCUCUGUACGUUGGCUGUAUAGCUGGUGCCUCUUUAGUAUCAGAGUAUCGACAGUAUUUCCUUAAUGCUGGUUUCAAAGACGCCGUUAUUACUCCCACACACCGUGACUUGAAUGCUUAUCACGACAAGGAGUCAAAUACUAGCUGCUGUGGUGAUAUUAGUGUGUUUGAGCCGCAAGGAGUCAUCGAAAUUUUUGAUUUCAACAAAUGGGCCGGUAUGGAUCCUUGA